AUGACUACCUUCAGCGCGUUUCUACCUCAUCAGUUAGCGCUCGGUCUAACGAAUAAACGCUCGCGUUGUCCUCCGCCGAUUCCGCCGAAGCCGACUUUCACGAAAUCAUCCUAUGGUGGUUCCCUAACUGACAACAGUUCAGGUGGAUCCCGGAUUCCAGGAGAUUUCACGAAUCAGUCCUUGGAAUCAUUGUCCAGCCACCGGUCAUGCUUUUCUCAGCGACGAAACUGUCAGUCUGAUUCAGAAGUUCAGCCUAUCUUGCAGAAGACAGUCACGCGCAAGUGCAAGUCUUGUUCCAACAUUCGGUUUUCCAAUCUUGCUUUCGUCAAGAAGAGCCCUGCCAGAAAAUGGCCUUUGCGUCAGAAGGCGAUGCAGGCACAUUUUUCCGUUCUUUCUGAACGCAGCAGUGCGUAUUCAGACUCAUCAUCAGAAGCUGAUGCAGAACAGUUGGAAGAGGAGAAGCGAGUUGAGAAGCUAAGUCAUAUCAUGCAGGAGAUCUGCAGUACCGAAUGGAAUUAUGUAGAAACCUUGAAGAAUUUGAGUCUGGAUUUUCCACAGUUCAUCAGAAAGCAAUCUCUGAAAGCGCAUCGAGAAUUAGUGGAACCUGAUAUUCCGGCAGAAAUCGCAAAGCAUCUUCAGGUUCUUCGCAAACUGCAUUCAGACAUUGCGAAUCAGUUCCAGGCUCGACUAAACUGCCGGUAA